GGUCGGGUUGAUACCUGAGGGAGGACUACGAAUCCCAGCAAGCAGUGUGCGACGCGAGAGCGAAGGAGGAGGAGCCCGGAGCCGUCGGAGCCCACGGAGCCAGGUGUCAGCAGCAGCAGCAGCAGCAGCAAUACCUGGCUGAGGUGGCCAUGGGGAAGCGGUACUUCUGUGACUACUGCGACCGUUCCUUCCAGGACAACCUCCACAACCGAAAGAAGCACCUGAAUGGGCUGCAGCAUCUCAAGGCUAAGAAGGUCUGGUAUGACAUGUUCCGAGAUGCAGCUGCCAUCUUGCUGGACGAGCAGAACAAGCGACCUUGCAGGAAGUUUCUACUGACAGGCCAGUGUGACUUUGGCUCCAACUGCAGAUUUUCCCACAUGUCAGAGCGAGACCUGCAGGAGCUGAGUAUCCAGGUGGAGGAAGAGAGGCGGGCCAGAGAGUGGCCAGUGGACACCCCGGAGCUCCCUGAAGGCCAUCUGGAAGACUGGCUGGAGAAGAGGGCGAAGCGGCUGAGCUCAGCCCCAAGCAGCAGGGCCGAACCUAUCAGAGCCACCAUCUUCCAGUACCCUGUGGGCUGGCCGCCUAUCCAGGAGCUUCCCCCUUCCCUGCGGGCACCCCCACCUGGAGGGUGGCCUCUACAGCCCAGAGUCCAGUGGGGCUGAGCCCCUUACCUUACCCCUGCCUGGUCCCCUUGACCCUCCUGACCUGGUCAGCUCUCUCAGUCCCAAUAAAGACAAGGAGGCCAAGCCUUCUUCCUGCUGCA